AUGCGGGCUGCUUCGUCGCGCUCUGUCACAGCGUCGAGCGCCAAGACAGAGCGGAAACCGCCACGGAUAGAUGCUCGAGAUGCAGGCGCGUCAGAUGGUACUACGUACAAGUACAGUAGAGGUCGGACUUGUCGUCCAACUGGCCUCGAAGCUGACAGUGAAGACGUCGCACACCGUAACGUCACACCUGAUGGUACUAUGGACCGCUUUCCAGACACCGAUGCAAGCAAAGCAACUACAGCACAAAGUUAUAGACACUUGGAUGCUGAACAGCGGCUCAGGACGAAACUCGACGACGUCACGCACGUACUGACUGGUCUCUUGGAGCCUUUGGAAGCUCAGAAAGGACGUCUGCUGCCCACUCGCAGUGUUUUGGAGCUGAUCAAGUUACUUCAGGACCCCGAGAUGUUGCAGGUUGUAAAGCUGGAUGGUGAGAGACGCAGGAUUGAGACUGAAAUGAAGCAAGUGCUGGUGCAGCAGCUUGGGCGGUGUGAAGUAACAGGAAGCGAGACGUUUGAUGUCUCGCUGGCGGUGCUGGUCUAUUUCCUAUCGUCUCAUGCAGCUACCAAGUGUUGGUUUGAUGACCAUGAGCUGCUGGAUGUGGUGGUCUACGCGCUCAAGCGAGCUAUUGUGCGUGAAGGAGCAAACGAGCAUGAGACGCAAGUGACACAGCAAGCAAAGAUGGAAGCAAACGAGUCAGUGUCUACUUUUCCAGCUGCCGUUGAAGUUGAAAAUUGCUUGAAGCGAAAGAAAAGGUCGAAGACGCUAAAAGAUGCUGCAACUGUGAAAGCGGCUGCUGCAGGAGAAACUGCUGCAUGCGGCAAGUUGGUGGCGACGACGACGCUUGCGGUGUCCACGGCACAGAUAUUGGAUGAGUCGUGCUGGGUGCAGCUUGAUGCACUGCUGCACGACCACGAGUCGUUUUACGUUGAAGGUAAGCUGCACGUUUCGGUUGUGAGCGCGCUAAGUGCUGCGCUACUGAGUCUGCUGCAAGUGGGCGAGGUCUUGUCAAGCUUGACUCCGGGCAUGAACCAACAAUAUCAGCAAAGAUCGUGUGAUGCUUCGUCGUACGAUGCUGCAGAGAACGCUUGCCAACGGAUGCGUGCUCGGAAGUCUCAGCUUGUUCGGAAUGGUGGAGUGUACGCGUUGAUGCGUGAUCUUGCUCGGAAGGUACACAACCUCACAGCGACGGUGCCGCUGACCCGAGUUGGAGCAAUUACGAUGGAGUGUGUUGAACUGCUUCAGCGUAUCAAGACGUUGCUAUGUGUUUUCGAUCAAGUUACGUUUUUGACCUCCGAUGUGCAGCGAUACAUUUCGGAAAAAAGGGCUAUUUUUGCACUAUCGCUGAAGCUCAUUCACCUACUCAGUGAGAUGAGCUGGGGUACUCGUGCACAAGGGCGGUGGAAGGCUGAACCUACACGGAUGUCGUUGACCAUGGAAACGCUGCUCUCGGCUCUGCGUGUGUUAAUCAAUUUGACCCAUCACAACUUGGAGGCUGCACAGCACAUUUUUGCCCUGGAUGGCAUGCAACUCCUUGCGGCCUCUUUCUCCAAGCUUUUGGGUUUUGUGGAGGGAGCCAAGAAGCACCCACUGCAACUAUCGGCAGCUAGAAAGUGGGAGUUUGACGCGUGUUUGCUGUUACUGAGUGUGAUGGUCAACUGCAUUGAAUUCAGCGAGGACAACCGUGCCGCAUUAGCCGGGGUGUCGUUGACCCACGAGGGUUCAACAGCCAAUCGCGCCCUUAUAUUGAGCUUGCUGCCAGGUUGCUCACCUUGGUUGUUACUUCGUGCUCUCGGUGUGUUUGUGGCAUUUCACUCGCAGAUCGGUGCGCUGACCCGCGAAGUCGCCACAUCUAUUCUUCAUGUCGAAGAAGUGCUGAAGUCAUGCCAGGAAGGGUUACGUGGCGCACACCAUGCUGGUUUGCUCACAGAUGCUGCCGAAGUAUCUUUUCGAGUCGCUGAGAAGCAAUGCGGUUCUUCAGUACCGUCGCUGAAAUUCGUAACGGCCGCGAAAAGUAAAAGUGCUGCACCAUUUGACAUCAGCUCUGGGGUUGCUGUAGAGGAGUUGGUCGAUACAAAGAGUGGUGAUGCAUCGUCACCAUUUCUGCGAGGUCGUGCCGUGAAAAAUGUCUGCUCUCGUCUCGCUGACUCAGACGAAGAGCACGAGCCACGCGGACAGGUCCAGACGUCGAAUCGUGAUGGUCCCCAAGUUUUCGUGAAGCAUGUCUCAGCUUUGGUGAAUUCGUAUGGGAAGCGACCUUAUGCUGAUUGCUCAGUAGAAGCGUCCCAUGCUUUACAGUCGAAUAUCAGAAGUCCCCUCUGUCCCAGCAUAUCUUCACCCGCUACUGUGCUGUCAGACGACUAUUCCUCAUCUCCCGUCGUUACGCGGCUUAUGAAACGCACACGUGAGAUCGUUGAAGAGUUGGACGCCGAGCUCGCAAAAUCGGAUGACGUAGCGUCCGAAACGAAAUUCGACGGCGGUAAAGCAAGCACUGUACCAUCCUCAUGCAUGGUGCUUACGAUGAAUCUGACGUGCCGUGAGAACGAAAGUGAUGGACUGGAUAUUGCUCAAGAUGUGCUUAGAGAAAACUGCAACGCCGCCGAUAUGAGCACAAACAAGAUCAUAGUCGAGCAAGCUGUUUGCGGUAAGGUUUCCUCGAUGUGGAAACAGAAACAUUCGCACCAUUUGGACGGGACCGCAAAAAAAGCCGUCUUUCACGAGGGGUCAUUGUUCGAGUUCGCGCCCACAGGCACAUAUUAUUCUACGCCUUUGGGUAAGCACGAAGGAAAAGUACUGCUACAAACGCCGACGAAGAGUGGACACUCGUCUAGCUUUGAUCGAACGUCGCCAUCACUCAAUCUGACGCCUACGAAGACGACUCCGUUGACGCCAUCGCAAUCGCAGAGAUCUCAAAAGCUGCUGUAUAAGAGCAGUCACUCUUCGAUAACAAACCAGCCGCCGUUGUCGGCCAAGCCGCUUCGCCGCAAAGCAAAAGGAAUGCGUGCUGCUUCUAGCUCUAUAUUCGACUUUACGGAUUCCGAUUGA